AUGUGGGAGCUGCGCUCCAUCGCCUUCACCAGGGCUGUCCUGGCAGAGUUCUUGGCCACUUUGGUCUUCAUCCUCUUCGGCCUGGGCUCGGCCCUCGACUGGCCCUCGGCUCCCUCCCCCAGCACCCUGCAGAUCGCUCUGGCUUUCGGCUUAGCCAUCGGCACCUUGGUGCAAGCCCUGGGGCACGUCAGCGGUGCCCACAUCAACCCUGCCGUGACCCUGGCGUGCCUGAUCGGCUCCCAGCUCUCCUUCCUCCGGGCCACCUUCUACGUGGUGGCUCAGCUGCUGGGGGGGGUGGUGGGGGCGGCCAUCCUGCACGAGAUCACCCCCCCCGACAGCAGGGGAGCUUUGGCCAUCAACAAGCUGCACAACGAGACCAGCACAGGGCAGGCAGUGACUGUGGAGCUCUUCCUCACCUUCCAGCUCGUCCUCUGCAUCUUCGCCUCCACCGACGAGCGCCGGGAGGACACUUUGGGCUCUCCUGCCCUCUCCAUCGGCCUCUCUGUGGCCGUGGGGCAUCUCCUGGGGAUACGCUACACAGGCUGCUCCAUGAACCCUGCCAGGUCCUUUGCCCCUGCAGUCGUCGUUGGAGACUUCAGUGACCACUGGGUCUUCUGGGUGGGCCCCUUGGUUGGGGCAGCAGCAGCCUCCAUCAUCUACAACUACCUCCUGUGCCCUCAAGCCAAGAGCUUCUCGGAGAGGUUGGCAAUCUUCAAGGGCAUGGAGCCCGAGGAGGACUGGGCAGAGCGCGAGGCACGGCGGAGGCAGUCGGUGGAGCUCCACUCCCCACAGACCCUGCCCAGGGGCAUGUCUGAGAAGGUGUAGCCCACCCUGGCACCCAGGGAUGAGAGAGGAGCUGGCACCCAGCCUGCUCCAGAUGUUCCACCUCUCCCCUCUCCACUCCUGCUGC